AUGAUAGAUCAUAUAAAGUAUCAUCCAUAUGCUAUUGCUUUUGCAAUUAGUCUUUUAAGUAUAAUGUUUGAAUCAUAUACAAAAAUUGGAAGGAUUUUUACAGCUUAUCUAUCUAGUUUUAUUUUAGGAAUAAUUUUUAACGCAAUAUGUGAAAUUGAAAUUUAUGAUAAAAAAUAUAUGGAAUUUUUUUUGAAGCAAAUUUUGUCCUACACUUUAUGUAUUUCUCUUAUCUUAACUUUUUCAUGGAUGAAAAAAAAAAAUAUAAUUAAAUAUAAAUCAUCAAAUUGUAAAGAAAAUAUAAUUUUAUAUGAAUCAAAAAAAAAAAGUUCAAUAUAUGAUUUAUUAAUUCAUAAAAGAUUACUACAUUUUGGAGUUGCGUUUAUAUUUGGUGCCAGUGGAACAGUCAUUGGAGGUAUUUUAUCUUAUUAUUUAAUAAAAAUUAUUUAUGUUAUAGAUGAUGUUGAAUCAUGUAAUUAUUUAAAAAGCAGUGUUGCUUGUUUUAUAUCAACUUAUAUUGGUGGUUACAUUAAUUUUAUAGAAGUUGCUGACUUAUUAAAUAUAAGCAACGCAGCAAAAAAUAGUAUAUUUUUAUUAGAUGAUAUUUUCACGAGCAUAUUUCUAAUGAUUUUACCGUUAUUUAAAAAUUACUGCAAAUUUCUUUAUUAUUGUAACAAUAACACUUUAAGUGAUAUAGAAGAGGAUACAAAAAAAGAUACCAAUAUAAAUUUAAAUUAUGAAGAGAAAAAACAUUUAGUAUCCGAUAAAAAUUUUCCUGUUCUAUAUGGUUCUUUCACAAAUAGUGAAAAUUCUGAAAAAGAAGAAAAAUUUCGGUCUUAUUUUUCUAAUGAUUUUUUUAUUACAUUUUUAUAUGAUUCUUUGGCUAUAAUAUUCAUAAUGUUGUUAAGCAAGAAAAUAAUAAAUGACUACGAGAUGAUAUGUAAAUUUAUCUAUUCCUACUUUAACAUUGAUAAACUUAGAACAUUUGUUUUAUUGAUAAUAUCAUUUACAUAUAUAUAUUCUUUUGAUUACAUGAUACAUAGUGCAAACAUUACAACAAAUAAUUAUAAAAUAUCCAAAUUUAUUACAGAUGUGUACUUUAGGUCAUUAGAAUAUUACUCAACAGUUUUAAAAUUUUUGACUAUAUAUUAUUUGUCCGUUUCUGGGAUUUUAAUAAAUGCAAAAAAUUUAUGUACAACUGCUAAGCCUUUGAUAAUUUUAGUAAUAUGCAUGUUAGUAAUUCACUUAUUAUGCAUUUUUCUUUUUUCAUUUAUAUAUAAUUUGAUCUCUGGAUUCUCAUUUGCAUCUUUAUGCAUUGAUGAAAUAUUAUUGGCUAUUAAUGCAAAUAUAGGUGGACCUACUACAGCUGCAGUAAUGUCUGAAAUUUUAGGAAGACCUGAUUUAGCAUUUGCAGCUACACUUUGGGGAAUUAUAGGCUAUUUAAUAGCUACUAAUAUAUCAAUGAUUAUUUACUCUUAUUUAUGA